AUGUCCGUCGCAUUCACAGCACUAAGAAUGGCCGUCAGACCGGCCCUCAGACUUCCACGUAUCGCCGCCUUGCAGUCGGCUGUGCGUUUUUACGCUUCCAAGUUCCCAGACCACACUGUUAUCAACAUGCCAGCACUUUCUCCAACCAUGGCAGAGGGAAACUUGAUCGAAUGGAAGAAGAAGGAGGGAGAUGAGCUUGUUCCAGGCGAGGUUUUGGCCGAGGUCGAGACCGAUAAGGCACAGAUGGACUUUGAGUUUGAAGAGGAGGGAUGGUUGGCCAAGAUCCUCGUUCCCGCCGGAACUGAGGGAGUUACCGUCGGAAAGCCGAUCGCCGUCUAUGUCGAGGACAAGGCGGACGUUGCGGCAUUUAAAGACUUCACGGCCGCCGAUGCGGGAGAUGCGCCAGCUGCCGCUGCGCCAGCGGAGGAUGCCAAGAGUGCAGAUAAGCCUGCGGAGAGCGCCGGCGCUGCAACCAGCGCACCUGCCGCAGCCACACCUGCAAAGAGCGCAGCCGCAGUUGCCGCACCGGGCGACCGCAUUGUCGCCUCGCCUUUGGCAAAGACGCUUGCGCUUGAAAAAGGAGUUGCGCUAAAGGGCGUCAAGGGUACAGGACCAAACGGGCGGAUUACCGCAAAGGACGUGGAGGCUUUGGCCGCUAAGCCUCAGGGCGCCGGCGCUGGCGCAGCUGCAGCUGCAGCCGCCCCCGCAUUCGAGGACAUUCCUUUGACAAACAUGAGAAAGACCAUCUCAAAGAGACUUACCGCCUCCAAGCAGACUGCCCCAGACUACUUCGUCUCGUCGUACAUCUCAGUUUCGAAGCUUUUGAAGUUGAGAAAAGCAUUGAAUGCAUCGGCAGACGGCCGUUACAAGCUUUCAAUCAACGAUUUGGUGGUUAAAGCUGUUGCCAAGGCCUGCGAGAGGGUGCCAGAGGUGAAUUCCUCGUACUUGGAUGAGGAGGGAGUGAUCCGGCAGUUCAAGAGUGUGGAUGUUUCGAUUGCUGUGGCCACACCAACCGGUUUGAUAACUCCUAUAGUGAAGAAUUGCGACACUAAGGGUCUCGAGAAUAUUUCAAAGGAGGUGAAGGUGUUGGCACAGAAGGCCAAGGACAACAAGUUGAUGCCUGAGGAGUUCCAGGGCGGUACGAUCACGAUCUCGAACCUCGGUAUGAACCACGCUGUCAACAUGUUCACAUCGAUCUUGAAUCCUCCACAGUCUGCCAUCUUGGCAAUCUCGACGGUGGAGAAGAAGGCUGUGCCAGACAAGGCCUCGCCAUUCGGAUUUGUUUUCGACGAUGUGAUGACCAUUUCGGGAACCUUCGACCACAGAGUUGUCGACGGAAAGAAGGGAGGAGACUACCUCAAGGCUUUGAAGACCAUCUUGGAGAACCCACUUGAGAUGUUGCUAUGA